GGGCGGGGCUUGGCGGCGGGCGGCCAAUGGGCGUGCCCCGUGGCGCCGUGCGGAGGCCGGGCGCGCGGGGCAUGACGGCGCCGGGCAGCGCGCGGCGGCCGCGCAGCGCUCGGGACCCGCCGCUGCCCUCCAGCAUCCUCGGCGGUGGCUCCGCUCCAGCAGCCGACACUCGGGACUGAAAUGACCUUGAAAGCCGGGCACAAGGGCAGCUCGCCGGAUCCCGCCCGGGCUCGCUCGGGCCGCGGCAGCCCAGCCGCAAGUGCCUCUCUCCGCCCCUGAUCCUGCUCGGGAUUUUUUUUUCCCCGUGAGGCGAAAUCCCCGGCUCGGGCACUCCCGCGCGUCCCCGCUCGCUCCCGGCCGGCAGCCGGGAAAGGAUCCCGCCAGCGCCGAUCGCCACCGGAGGGGCUGACGCCGGAGCCUUCCCAGGCUGGAUCCCGAGGCUGUGUAAGGGAAGGGAGAUGCGAAUCUGGGGUUCGGGACAAUCCCGGGACCAUACCCGCGGCUGGGGCAGCCUGGGAGUGCCAAGCCCAUGCAUGAGAAAGCAGCUGCCUUGAAGAGCCCUGAGCCCAUGCACGGCCGUGACAAGGUGGAGGCAUCCCACAAGGAGAAGAGUUUGGAUUCCCUCGACGGCAGCCUCCACCUGAACGAAGCCCUGAAGGAUGAAGACAUCAAGAAGUGCCACAGGGAAGUGGCUGCUAGCAAGUACAACUCGCAGUACCACAAGCUGUUCAAGGACAUCCCCACGGAGGAGAGCGUGCUGAAAGUCUGCUCCUGCGCGCUCCAGAGGGACAUCCUGAUCCAGGGCCGGCUUUACAUCUCCCCCAACUGGCUCUGCUUCCACGCCAACCUCUUCGGGAAGGACAUCAAGGUGGUGAUCCCAGUGGUCUCUGUGCAGCUGAUAAAGAAGCACAAGACAGCUCGGCUGCUGCCCAACGGCUUGGCCAUCACCACCACCGCCAGCAGAAAGUACAUCUUUGUGUCCCUCAUCUCCCGUGACAGUGUCUAUGAUGUCCUGAGGAGAGUCUGCACACACCUGCAGGUUUCCAGUAAGAAGAGCUUGAGCCUGAAGGAGCUGAGGGAGGAGCCUGACACCGUGUCGCUGGUGAGGGUCAGGGCGGCCCUGGGCGAGGGAAGGACCUCCAUGACCUCGCGCUGCGGGCAGGACAGCAUCCACCUGGCCCCCUUGGAGGUGAUUGUCCCCGAGGGCAAGUGGAGGAAGGUGUCCCCUGCUUCGCUGUCGCUGUCCCUGCCGCAGGCCGAGUACCAGUGCCUGCGCCGCGCCUCUGGCACCAGCCUGGGCACCAAGGAGAGCUCCUUCGCCUCUCAGGAGCCCCUGGCCUCGGAAAGCGCAAUCAACACCGAGGAGGAGCUGGAGGUGGAGCAGAGCUGUGUGGCAGAGCUGAGACCCUCAGACUACCAGCUCCUGAAGAUCUUCAUCGUGCUCAUCUGCCUCCUGGUGGUGUCCUCCUCCUACCUGGCGUUCCGCAUCUUCCGCCUGGAGCAGCAGCUCUGCUCCCUCAACAGGGACUACCUCUCCCGAGGCCACAGGAGGUGACCGCUGCUCGCCGCUGCCUGCGGCCGGGUGCCAGGCUGCUGACCUCCAGCACAGAGCUCCUGGCACCACAUCCACCUGGCCUGGCCCUCCCUCGGCUGCUGAAAUGGGACCAAGCAUCUCUCUCCCUGCUGGGGACCACCCCUCUGGCUCAUGGCCACUGGUGCCAAGCCCCUGUGCCGCUGGCACCCCCCUUCCUGCCUGGGACG